AAUUCACAAAGAGACAUUCUUGCCUAUAAAUACGCUAUUAUGUACGGUAUACAAUUGAUGUGGACUAGUGAAGAGUAGUCAUAAGUUCAUAUUCUCUUUGAAUCUUUUUUUCUUCUUGCUCUGAAAAAAUUUAAUAUUUUUAAUUCCGUAUAUUCAGUUAUUCCAUAAUUCAUAUAUAUAAUAUACACCCAAAAAUGGAGGAGCAGAGACACGACACCACCGUUUCACGGCCGAGCCACCACCACCACCGCAGCAGCGGCGGCGGCGGAGCAGAAGCUGACCACCAGAGGAUUCUCCACGAGCCGGUGAGGUCGCGGUGGACACCGAAACCGGAGCAAAUCCUGAUUCUCGAGUCAAUCUUCAACAGCGGCAUGGUCAACCCUCCAAAGGACGAGACCGUCAAAAUCAGGAAGCUUCUCGAGAAAUUCGGCUCCGUCGGCGACGCCAACGUUUUCUACUGGUUCCAGAACCGCCGCUCCAGGUCCCGCCGCCGCCAGCGCCAGAUGCAGGCCGGCCUCUGCGGCGGCGGCGGAGGUGAGCAUCAGCAGCAAGCUCAGCCGCGCGGCGGCGGCAGCAACGGCGGAUAUAGUGGUGGUGGUGGAAUUCAUUAUGAAAACCUUUUGUCCGGCGGCGGCGGUGGGUUAGUUGCUCCAAACAAUCAUCCAGUGAUUUCUUACACGAGCUCGAAUUGUGUGGUGGGAUCUUCUUCUUCUUCUUCUUCAUGUGGGUUUGAUGGAAAUAUAAUUAAUGGUAAAAACAAUUCAUCAGAUGAUCUGUUCUUGUUCUCGGGUCAUCCCGGUUCGGUUCAAGAUUAUGACCCGAACCCGGGUUUCUGCUUCGCCGGCGGCGCUUCCACUUUGAACUAUCAACCCGAGGUGAUAACGGUGUUUAUCAAUGGGGUGGCGACGGAGAUAGGGAGGGGCGCGGUGGAUAUGAAGGCGGUGUUCGGCGGAGAUUUUGUGCUGUUUCAUUCUUCCGGGGUGCCGGUUCAGGUGAAUGAGUAUGGAUUUCUGCUGCAGAGUUUGCAGCAUGGUGAAAGCUAUUUUCUGGUAAUUAUUUCUUUAUUUCAUUUAAUUAAUUAAUAUUCAAUGCAUAAAUUAUGGAAAUCUGCAUCGGGAAAUUGCAUGUCUGUAAACGUCAUCCCUGAUUUUAAUCCAUAUGAAAUUGCACUGAAUUCCAUUCUGAUUUUCAUCCGUUUCUG